AUGAUUCAGAACGAAGCUGCCUGGCUCCUUUCGCCCUCGGAGCAUCCCUUCACCAUUAAGGAGGCCCCUAAACCAACUGCAGGCAUUGGAGAGAUUGUCAUCAAGAAUGCCGCCGUCUCCAUCAACCCCGUCGACUGGAAGAUUCAGUAUUUGUCUCGGUACCCUUUCAUCCUUGGCGAGGAUGCCGCUGGGUUGGUGGAGCAUGUUGGCACCAGUGUGACCCGGUUCAAGGAGGGAGACAGGGUCAUGGCGCACUGCCAUGGCCUGAUGACGGGAAACCCUGCCAACUCCGCUUUUCAAACUUACACGGUCGUUACCGAUUCCUUGGUGUCCCCAAUCCCGGAUUCGAUGAGUUUUGAGCAGGCUGUUGUUCUCCCCCUCGCUGUCUCGACUGCCUGCGCCGGCCUGUACCCCAAGGACCUUCUCAACCUGCCUCUGCCAUCGGCUACUAAGCCCGAGAAGAACGGCAAGACAGUUUUGAUCUGGGGCGGUGCAUCCUCCGUUGGUGCGACGGCCAUUCAGCUCGCAGCCGCCUCGGGCGCCACUAUCAUCACCACGGCUUCCCCCGCCAACCACGAGUUUGUCAAGUCGCUUGGUGCCGACUUCGUCUUCGACUACAGGUCCCCCACUGUGGUUGAGGAUAUCGCCAACACUCUCACCGAGACCGAUUUCGUUGGUGUGUACGAUGCCAUUGGCGAAGAUCCCAGCUUCGAUGCCGUGUCUGCUAUUCUUGACCGUCUCAGCAAGAGAGUUCCCGUUGCUGCCGUCCUCCCCAGCAAUAAGAGCACCGAGCGAUUCGCACCUGUUUACGUCGUUGCCUUUGCUAUCGUCCAAGAGCCCAACCAGCACAUUGGCGAAUGGAUCUGGAAGAAGUUCAUUCCCGAAGCCCUGGCCAACGGGUCGUUCCAGGCUAAGCCUGAUCCCUCCGUGACUGGUCACGGCCUGGAGAACAUUCAGAACGCUCUUGACGUGCAGCGCAAAGGUGUCUCCGCCAAAAAGAUUAUUGUCACUCUUUGA